AUGGGUCGCACCCAGGUGGUAAGGCUCUUCCUCUGUGUGGGUGAGGGCUGCACUGACAACAACACCAACCCCCUCCACCACACCCACAUCGCCCUGGCCUUCCUGACCGCAUUACUCUUCGCCACACACCUACCAGAGCGCCUGGCCCCCGGCAGCUUCGACUACAUAGGUCACAGCCACCAACUGUUCCACAUGUUCGGCAUAAUCGGCACUCAUUUCCAGAUGGAGGCCAUUGAGCAGGACAUGGUGACGCGACGCCCGUGGCUCCUGACGUACUCUCUGCCCAUCACCUUCACCAACACACUGGGGGCGGCACUGCUGAGUGUCACCCUCAGCCUUGGCAUCAUCUUCCUCUUUAGUCUGCCUCUGCUCUGGUCAGCCACCCGGGGAGAACACACUGAGAAGACACCGUCACAUCCAAUAGCCAAGGGCUGCCAGUACCACUAGUACUAGCCAUUAGCCACAUGCUAAUGACAAUGUAUAUGGGAUGUAGGAACUGGAUGGUUCAGUUGGUGGAGCUUGGUGCCUGUAAUGCCAGGAUUGUGGAUUUAAUUCACAGGGCCACCCACACAUUAAAUGUAUACAAGCAUGAAUGUAAGUCACUUUGGAUAAGAGCGUCUGCUAAAUGGCAUAUAUUUGUAUUAUAUUACUAUGAUUAAACUGGACACUGUGGUGGGGGUGGGCUUGGGAGAAGAGGUGAACAACUGAAGUGAACCACUAUGGCUUCUUGGUGUUGGAUAGAGGGAUAGAGGUGAAGUCCUGACAAGA